UUACACCCAUGCGGACUACAAAAAAGCCGCGGUUGGUGUCCACCUCUGUAAUACUGCCCGCGCAUUUUGUCGGAGGAAGCGGUUAGCGGCACAUCUUUGUAAGCACAUUGUGUCUUCGUACGCCUUGUUCCCAGCAUGCCUCGCAUUGAGAAUGACAUCAAGCUGGACUUCAAGGAUGUUCUCCUGCGGCCAAAGCGGAGCACGCUCAAGUCCAGGAGUGAGGUGGACCUGAUGAGGAGUUUCACUUUCAGGAACUCUAAGGGCAGCUACACGGGAAUCCCCAUCAUCGCAGCCAACAUGGACACAGUGGGAACCUUUGAGAUGGCCCUGGCUCUUCACCAGUUCUCUCUCUUCACAACAGUCCACAAGCACUACUCCGUAGACGACUGGGUGGAGUUUGCAGCAAAGCAUCCAGAAUGUGUGGAGAGCGUAGCUGUGAGCACUGGGACUGGAGACGGGGACUUUGAGAGGAUCUCUGCCAUCUUGGGGGCAGUUCCACAGCUGAAGUACAUUUGUGUGGACGUGGCAAACGGCUACUCUGAGCACUUUGUUCACUUCGUCAAGGAUGUCAGGGAUAAGUUCCCCUCUCAUACCAUAAUGGCUGGAAACGUUGUGACAGGAGAAAUGGUGGAGGAGCUGAUCCUCGCUGGGGCCGACAUCAUCAAAGUGGGCAUCGGACCAGGCUCUGUUUGUACCACUCGCAAGAAGACCGGGGUGGGUUACCCCCAGCUCAGCGCUGUGAUUGAGUGUGCAGAUGCAGCACACGGCCUGGGUGGUCACAUCAUCUCUGAUGGUGGCUGUACUUGUCCAGGAGAUGUCUCCAAAGCCUUUGGUGCCGGGGCGGACUUUGUGAUGCUGGGGGGCAUGCUGGCAGGUCACUCAGAGAGCGGCGGGGAGAUCAUCGAGAAAAAUGGCAAGAAAUAUAAGCUGUUCUAUGGAAUGAGCUCUGACAUGGCUAUGAAGAAACACGCUGGAGGAGUGGCUGAGUACAGAGCAUCAGAAGGGAAAACGGUCGAAGUCCCCUACAAAGGUCCAGUGGGCGAGACAAUACGAGACAUCCUAGGUGGGGUCCGCUCCACCUGCACCUACGUCGGCGCAGGGAAGCUAAAGGAGCUGAGUCGCAGGACGACCUUCAUCAGAGUCACCCAGCAGCUCAACACUGUCUUCGGCAACGACAGCUAAACCCCCGGUUAUGCCUCGGGUUAAAGUCUGCAACACUGCCCGCAUGACUUCCACUUGCUGUUUUCAUUCCUGUGUAACACAAAAGAUCUGCAAGAGUUUGAUGAAUUUUAAAAUCGGUCCUAAAAAAUGUCUUUAUCCGAAGCAUUUCCAGCACACAGUCCGAGCACCUCCAGGGGUCACGCUUUAAAUUCAAAUUUGAAAAGCUUUUAUGCAAGACCUUUAAAUGCAACCCUUGUUCCUAACUUAAGAAUAUUUAAACAAUGUUUAAAUUAUUUUAAUUAUAUAUGCAAAUGUGGUUAUAAAUGAAAAAAGAAAUAUAUAUUUUUAGAAAUAUAAUUGUCCCAUUCCCCCUUUUUUGGCACUUUAAUGCUUUUAAUCAAUUCCAGUGUUGCUCCAUGUCUGCUAUAGUAGUUUCAAGACAACAGUAAUGCACUCUAGUGUAUGGAGAGCAGGAGAAACACAGAAGGAGAACAUUUAAUGUUGAGAUGUUAUAGCAAAGGUAUUAUUUGGAAUGUCUUCUUCUUUUAAAGCCCUUGCUGCUAAAGAUUGUUACCAAAGUUGUUACAGUUUCAUUCCAACAGCUUUAGUAUCUUUAUUAUCUAAAGUAACCUUUGAGGUCGUGCAGUCAUCCUUGUCUUUAAAAGACCUUUUUCCCCAUCAGUAUCACUUUUUCUGCUCAAUUUACAAACCAUUUCAAGCUCUAUUCAUGUUUGUGUUCCAUGUUUACAUAAAGGUUUCUGUGGCCAAAUGUAACGGAUGAAAUGCAUUUCUCUUUCAGUUAAUAAAGCAUUCCACAUUCUUAGUUCA